CUCUUUACAUUAAAGGUUGCGUCUAUAAAUGCAGGGAUACGAGCUAUUUAAAAAGAUGGACAGCUGAGUAGUAGCACAGAUCUAUCAAAAUGACAGGACUUCCGGUCAUAUUCGUCUGUCUGAUGCUGCCCCAGUACAUAGUGUGCAUUCACGGCCCUGGAUCGAGGGUUUACCACUUGAUGAAACAACGGCAAAUGAAUCUAAAGUGUCCCUGUAAGCGUUCCAUAUCAGAGGUCAAAGGGGAAACGGAAGUGCCAGAAUUGGGACAGGAAGACAUCCAGCUCUUACUAUUGGGAAAAACUAUUCCAAAAAGGGAAGUCAAGAGAGAUCAGACACUGGGCCGCAUUCUGAAAUCUGGCAUUACACCAGAUGACCUGACUAGAAAAACGAGAAGCCGUCUAAAAUGAUAUGGACUUCAACAACUGUUGGACAGCCAGUAAACGGAUUUCUUUCUCAAAAGAAAAGCAAACAAAUGAUUUUUAUUGAGCAUGCUGAGAUAAAUCUUUCAAUGACAAUGCAUUGCAUCAUUGAUUCAUGUACACCAAGUUAUGCAAAAUUAUACUGAAAUAACUCCUGAUA